CGUUCACCAUUCAACUGACAGCUGAUUUUGCUGUGGUACGUACAAGUUGAAUUUAUUAUUUGUGUUAUUUUUCAAUUGUUAAUUGCAUUCAAAAUGACUUUGACAAUAAUCCAAAUGAAUGAGCUAGAAAUAAUAACUAGCUUAAAAUCGGGCGAUGCUGAUGCCUUGCAGUUUUAUUGCCAUGACAAAAAAACGGAACUGAGUUAUAUUGAAUGUUUGCCAAUGGAUCAGUUUAUGCAGCGUAUUCGGCAACAAAACAAACGCGUGCACUUUCCCAUAAAGGCGGUACGCGCUGCUUUGAGCAGUGCCAAUCCCAUGGAUUGCGCCUUAAGUGUCACUGAGACGGAUGAUGUCAGAGGGGAAACUGGUGAGGAACAAGAGCAGAAGCAGAAACAUGAACAAAAAGUGUACACUGUGCUUAGCUUGAAAUAUCGCAUUGAGGGCGCACCGGCUCCCCUUAAGUGGGAGUGGCAUUUAACCCGCAUCGAUAGUGCUUUGUUCUAUCGUUCCAUAUUGAAAGAUGCACUCCAUGCAGCCUCAUAUCUAAAUGAAAACCUAAAUGUAUUACUGGAGCUGGUUAAGAAAAAGGAUGUUGAACUGAAACAGUAUCGCCUUGAAGGCGCGCAAUUACGCAGAACUACGGUGGCCACGGAGCCAUUUGAUGUGCCUGCUUUCCAGUUGCAACAUAAACAAAUGCUGAUGGAUGUGGAGAGUUUCGGGCAAGUGGAGCAAUUACUUAGCGGUUCGAGCAAUGUCAAAAAUGAUAUCGAAGCUGAAACGCCAAAGCUAACAAAUGUGCCUACCACAAUUCCUUGCAUUUCAUCACCCAUAGACCAAUCCAAAUUGAUUAGUCCACGCACUAGAAAACGAAAGGCAAUGGAAUCAGGCAUUCAACAUGUGGAACGCAAAGCCUUGCAGCGUCGUCUUAUGCCGCAGUUGCAAUAUAAGAACACUGAGAGCCAGGAGGAUGAUUUGGACGAUGAAUUUAUAAAAAAAGAGCCGACUGUAAAGUCUGAAGAAGAUAAUGAGCUGAAUAAUCUCGACAAUUCUGACCUUAAUGACAAGUCCGAAGAUGAUGAUAUGCUUAAACUUGAAUUAAAAGUAGAACCAGAUGAAACAUAUUUAAGCGAACUAUUGAAUAUGAACUGAAUAUUGAGAAAGCAAUGUUAAAUAGUUCACAGUGGAAACAUACAAAGUAAAUGAGACAAAGACAGCGAUAUAUAAAAACAUAUGUUGCUCUAGCUUUUUCUAUGCCUUAGUCAAUUGUCUUUCGAGGCUAACAACAUUCUCAGCUAAUGAAUGCAAUAUUUUGACCAAUUUUACACUUAAAUAAAUAUACGUGUAUAUAAAACUAUAUAAGAUUGCAACAAUAGUCGUUAAUAAUUAUGUGUAUUAUGCAUUUUAUUUAAUAUAGCCAUAUAUAAUUGUAUAUAAAGUUAAGCCAAAUCGCAAAUGUCGAAUAUUAUUUAUAUUUAUAUUUUAUUUAAAUUGUAUAUAACGUAUUUAUGUUUAUAAAUAAGCCUUGCUAGAUUUAACUAAUUGGCUAACUAACUCGACAUGGGUUAGUGAUAUUCUUGCACUAGCGCUAGGCACGUGUAAAUUUAAGUUUUAUAUAGGUACUAUAAUAUAUGGUACGUAAUAAAGUCAAGAUAUAAUUUCGACAUUUAUCAAUACAA